AUGGAGAAGGAUUUCAAGCUGAGCGACAAACUCGAGGCCAGCGAAUAUAUCGUUCGCAUGGUACGUUUCCUGAGGGAAGAACUGUCGGCGUUGGAAGAUCUCCUCAUCCUGCUCGAUAAGUUCGAGACGGCGAUUUCAGCAGCGCCUCCCGAACUGACCAAGAGGUUCAAGUUGCGCAUUCCCGACAGGCGAAUCCCCGGCUUGCCGGAUACGGAGUCUCCCAUAACCGUGGACAACAUCAAGGAGGUGUCGGACCGUCUGCGGACGGAAUUUCGGACGAAAAGCGGUUCCCUGGCGUCGCUGACGUACGUGAGCCAGACGUACAAGGUCUGCUGUGUCACUUACUCCCACAUCCUGAUCGACCUUCUCGGGUUAUCGACACCGCCUCUACCGAUCCUGAAAUCGAUGAUUCAAACCGAUAUCCCGAAGUCGCUCAAGGGUUCGAGCACGUGGAUCGAAAAGGUUCCGACGGAAGAACCCGUGGAUCGAGCGUUCGCGAGGAUGAUACUGUUGUAUCCGGACCUAUAUAAGAAAGCAUCGGCGAUCAAGGAAAAGUACGAGGAACGUCGGAAAGGUGCACCCCCCAAAAGCACACCGAAAGUGCAGGUGGACCCUCUGGUGUUGGGAUUGCGGGAGUUCGGUCGCCCGAUCGUCCGCGAUGCGAUCGUCAUGUCUUACGCUCUCGAACGUGCCAUUCGUGAGUUGGAAAGUACGGGGAACCUGAGCGGGGAUAACGACUGUCUCGACUAUCACCGGAGGGUUUACGAGUUUUAUACCAAUGCGAUGGAUGCCGAUUCGGCCGGAUAUAACGGUAUCGUCGCACGGAAGGCGGAUCCGUUGACGGAAGCGAUGAAACGUGCGUCGGUCGUUCAGAACAAAUCCGUGACGUUGCACGGCAAACAGGCGUUCUAUCCACGACGCUUCUUGGACGCCUUUCUGGGUGCCCAUGAUGAGAUAACCACCGGUACCAUGUUCUUCCUCUUCGUCGACGUGGUGAAGAUGAUGAGGGAAGUGUUGAUUAAGAAGGAGCAACAGCAAGACUACGCCAUCACGAGGAACAAGCUCAUCAAGAUCGGCAAUCUGAACGCCGCGAACCGGAUACCAUAUCCGGCGCACUCAUUGCGGGCGACGAACAUAGAGCUCCGGCACGUGCCGUCCUCCGACAUGGAUCCUAAGAAUAUACGUAACAUGGCUAUGCUGGUGAAGACGAUGUUCAAGAAUGAGGAUGGGCUGAUGAGGGCCGUGGGAAGCUACAUUACACGUCUGCGCAUCACCAUGGAGUACGGUCAUGAUCCGAACGGAGAGUGCGAUUCGCGGCUCUUGUUCUUCUCGCUGCGAGACUUCCCCAUCACGUGCGACAACGAACGCGACCCCGUCUCGUACGAGGCACUCAAACCGUUCGUGGCACGAGACUCCAUCGUGUACGAAUUCUCGCCGGACGGCAGCACGACAUGCUGGGAUGCUGCGAGUCUGUACAUGACCCUCUGCGCGAUGCGGGACCGGGCUGGCGGCCGAGGGCCGUACCGUCAUCCGAUCCAUGGGUGCAUCGUGCCAUUUCCCAACGUGGAGCUAGUGUAUCUGACGGCCUGCACGAGCGGCCCCUUGAUGAAAGCGGCCAUGAAGAAGAUGCUGUGGGACAUCGCCACGGCAGCCAUCGCUGGCACCGGGGUCGUCGUGACUUGUCUGGCUACGUACCAACUGUGCGUUGAACCUGUGACGUUGCUACACCCGCUUCAACGGUUGGUCGGAGUCACGGUGACGGACGACCUUGCGAAGACCAUCCUACAUGCGACGGUCACUUCGGCGGGUAUGCUCAGCGCCAUACAUUCUGGUGUAGCGGGAUAUCGCGCGAAACGACAGCGGGAUAAGCAGCAGGAGUACGGACGUCGGCUCGUGAAAAAGAAAGCCUCGGAGUCGAAGUGGGCGGUGUACGGGGAGCUCAAGCGCAAGAGGCGGGGAAAGCGGUCUGAAGACGGUGCUCAUUUCGCACGACCGAGCGGAUCGCUUCGGAAGCAGAUGGCCAUCCUGACCCUGAGACGACGAGGGUUGCCGAACGAGCUGAUACGCGAGAUCGGGCGCCGCGCUGAGCUGCCCGGCAUGGAAGAGACGCCGCAAAAACGAACCCGAGCUUCCCCAUCAUGA